AUGUCCGCUCCGAGUGAGAAGAGCGUCACAAAGGAUGCGACAGAGUCGGGCUUGAGGCAGACGGCCUCCGGCUCCGUCAUCCAGGGAGACGCAAGUUCCGUCGGCGACUCGGUCCUCCGCGAUUUCUACACGGGCGCCGUGAACGAGAACUACCGCCUCAAGUCGGAGCUUAUCGCGAAGCACUUGGGCGAGAUUGGCAUGGGAAAGUUCCAAUGGAUCCUCUUCGUGGUCAACGGCUUCGGCUGGAUCGUCGACAACUUCUGGUCCCAGGGCAUCACGGCCGUCCGGCCCCCGAUCGCCAACGAGUUCACUGACAUUGUGAAACUGAGCUUCAGCUCCGUGGCGUACUACGUCGGCCUGAUCGUCGGCGCCUCCUUCUGGGGCACCACCGCCGAUCUCAUCGGUCGGAAGCCCGCCUUCAACGCCACGAUCCUCUACGGCGGCGUCUUUGCGUGCGCCGUGGCCGGCGUCCAAAACUUUACGGGCUUCUGCAUCAUCUGGGCCAUUAUCGGCACGGCGGCGGGAGGCAACGUGCCCGUUGACAGCGUCGUCUUUUUGGAGUUUGUCCCCCAGACGCACCAGUGGCUGCUCGUCAGCUUAUCUGGGUGGUGGAAUUUGGGACAGGUCAUUGUGUCGCUUCUGGCGUGGGUUUUCUUGGCCAACUUUGCCUGCGACUCGACACAGGCCCCUUGUCGUAUGCAAGAUAACAUGGGCUGGCGCUACCUCAUGAUCACUCUCGGUGGCAUCGCCAUCGCAUUCGGUUUGAUUCGCAUCGUGGCCUUUAAGAUCCCCGAAUCACCAAAGUUCCUCAUCUCCAAGGGCCGCGAUGCCGAGGCCGUCGAAGCCGUAAACUACAUUGCGCGCUACAAUAACCGCCCAGAGACCCUGACCCUCGAAAUGCUGCAGGCCAUCGACAGGCAAUGUGCCGGCAGCCCAGACUCAGACGCAGGCAGCAUCGCCGCCGCCGCAGCCCCGGUGGAUGCCGACCUGGCGGCUCGGGGUUCCAAGCUCUCGCACAUGGAGAUCUUGAGAGAGAGCUUCAGAGACUACAACGCCGACAACUACAAGAAAUUGUUCGCCGGACGCAAGAUGGCGCAGCACACGUCCGUCACGUUUCUCAUUUGGCUGACGGUCGGCGUGGCGUACCCGCUCUACUUUGCCUUUAUCCCGUCCUACCUGGCGACCAAGUCGACAUACUCGGCCAACAACUCGUUGAACCACACCUACAUGAUUUACUGCAUCGUCUCGGCGGCUGGCGUCCUGGGACCCGUCGCGGCCGGCUUUUGCGUAGAGACACGCUUCGGCCGCCGCUGGAUGAUGGCCGCGUCGGCGGUGCUGACCGGAGUCUUCUUGUUCGCCUACACCGCUGUCGGCACCGAAGCCGCGGAUAUCGGGUUCCAAUGCGCGACUGGAAUCCUUGGAAACUUUGAAUACGCCGUCAUGUACGCGUUCACGCCCGAGUCCUUCCCCGGUCCCGUCCGCGGAACGGGCACGGGGAUUGCGGCGACCCUCCUCCGCGUCGGUGGUCUCGCAGCCUCUUUUGUGUCAACCUACGCGGGAUACACUGUUGUGCCCAUAUACGCCAGUGCUGCUUUAUGGGUCGUGGUGGGCUUGUUUUGUGUUGGAUUGCCUUAUGAGACGCAUGGGCACGCUUCUCUCUAG